GGGAGCUGCUGACCGAUGGGAGGGACCUGCCCUGCUGGCAGCAGCUCCGGGCUGAGGAAUUCCACGGGUCUCAGAUAACCGCUCCCGGGGACAACUCCCACUGCCACAGGCAUAAAAGAGCAGGGCAAGGGGACCCUGGCACACACUCGGGGAUCGCUGCAGCUCGGCUCAGGUCCUUGGCACUUCACCACCAUGGCCACCUACAGCUUCAGGCAGACAACCUCCUCCGUGGCAGGCGGCCCCGGCGGCUCCUCACUGCGCUUUGGAGGCUCCUUCAGGGCUCCGAGCAUCCACGGGGGGUCUGGGGGCAGGGGGGUCUCGGUUUCCUCUGCCAGGUUUGUCUCCUCUGGCCUGGGGAGCGGCCUUGGGGGGGGCUAUGGAAGCAGCUUCAGCAGCAGCUUCGGCGGCAGCUUUGGGGGGCUGGGCGGCGGCGAUGGACUGCUCCAAGGCAACGAAAAGGCAACGAUGCAAAGCCUGAACGAGCGCCUGGCUGCCUACCUGGAGAAGGUCAGAGCCCUGGAAGAGGCCAACUCGGACCUGGAGACCAAAAUCCGGGGCUGGUACCAAAAGCAAGGGCCAAGCCCGGCUCGGGAUUACAGUGCCUACAACAAGACCAUCGAAGAGCUCCGAGACAAGAUCCUUGAUGCCACCAUCGAGAACUCCAAGAUCGUCCUGCAGAUAGACAAUGCCAGGCUGGCUGCAGAUGACUUCAAAACCAAGUUUGAGACGGAGCAGGCUCUGCGCAUGAGCGUGGAGGCUGACAUCAACGGCCUGAGGAAGGUCCUGGACGAGCUGACCCUGGCCAGAGCUGACCUGGAGCUGCAGAUCGAGAACCUGAAGGAGGAGUUGGCCUACCUCAAGAAGAACCACGAGGAGGAACUGGCUGCCCUGCAAGGACAAGUAGCAGGUCAAGUCAAUGUGGAACUGGACUCUGCUCCAGGCGUUGACCUGUCCAAGAUCCUGGCUGAUAUGAGAGAUCAGUAUGAGAACCUGGCUGAGAAGAACAGGAAGGAUGCUGAGGCCUGGUUCCACAGCAAGACGGAGGAGCUGAACCGCGAGGUUGCCGUCAACACCGAGCAGCUGCAGAGCAGCAGGUCCGAGGUCACCGACCUGAGACGCACCCUGCAGGGGCUGGAGAUCGAGCUGCAGUCCCAGCUCAGCAUGAAGGCAGCGCUGGAGGGCACGCUGGCAGACACGGAGGCGCGGUUCGGCGCGCAGCUGGCACAGCUGCAGGGGCUGGUGGGCAGCCUGGAGGCGCAGCUGGCAGAGCUGCGUGCGGACAUGGAGCGGCAGAACCAGGAGUACCGGAGCCUGAUGGACAUCAAGACCCGGCUGGAGCAGGAGAUCGCCACGUACAGGAAGCUGCUGGAGGGGCAGGACGCACAGUUGUUUGGCUCUUCUGGAACUGCUGACAAGAGGGACAAGCUGGGUGAUGGGAAGUAGCUCUGCAAGCCCUCCAGUGUCACCUUCCAGCUGAGGGAAAGCAGCCAGGACACAGGAACUGAAAGGCAGAGCAAGGCAAGAGCAAGCUUGAGCCAAAAGACAUCGCUGAACAGCUGGAGAUGACUCCUGGAGCUGAGGAAUUCUUGGACACACCAAGUUUAGAUUGAUUCAUCCCUGUAGUGGUGAUUACCUUGUGAGCUGGGUUAGCUUCUCUGUGGGUUUUGGUUCUUCAUGUGCUGCUGUAGCUGCUCCAAUAAAGAGAAUCUUCUCCCUGCAA